AUUGCCGAUUCGUAAUCUUGCAAUAAUCGUAUCAUUGUACCAAUAUCCAAAAGCGUUUUUUCCUUCUAAAAAGAACAAUCUUUGCAAAUUCAUGAAAUGAUACUUAUUGACUUUGUCUCCUGUGCAUAGAUAGACUUUUGUUGCAGCCAAAAAAAUAGUAGAGCUUCUUGUGACUUGUAAGGUGUGCCAUCCUUUGUUCUCGACAUAAAAGAUGUAAAGGAUUUCAUUUUUUGAAGACACGAAUAUCCAUUUUGUAUCAAAAUGAAUAUGAUGAGAAAAUCCUUACAACGUUCGGAAAUUGGCCAGUCUGAUUCGAGAAAUAAGCCUAAAUGCUUUUUUAUAUUGAGAAAAACAUCGGAUGAUAAUUAUAAAUUAGGCGAUAAGAAGAAAACAAAAAAAUUGAAAAAAGGUCCAUUCAUUCCUUGGCCAUUCCGUCGUCAAAUUAGUAAGCAAAACGUGAACCAGGAAGAUAAGAAUUGUGUUUCCCGAGGUCAACUGUUCGGUCAGUCAUUGGAAAAAGUGUGUCAACAAAGUCUACCGAAGCCUAUAUCGGCAAUUUUAGAUCAAUUGUACGAGAAGGGACCUCAUACCGUUGACAUCUUUCGAAAAUCGGCUACAACCAAGGCAUGUAAAGAAAUGAAGACAGCUUUAGAUAAAAAUCCCGAUUAUAAAAUAGAAAUGAAGCCAACUAUUGUUUUGGCUUGUGUAUUAAAGGAUUAUUUGAGAUGUUUGCCUGAUUGUCUUCUAUCUUCUAAUUUGUACGAGGAGUGGUUACAAACUGUUGAUAUUCAACCAGAAUGGAAAAGAAAAGAAACUGUUACCAAUUUGUUGAAUAGAUUACCCCCUCAAAAUAUUCAACUUCUUAAACAACUUUUGUGUGUUUUAUGGAAGAUAAGUCAAUAUUCUUCAGAAAAUAAAAUGACUUCAUAUAAUCUUGCUGUUUGCAUGGGCCCUACUCUGUUAUAUCCUACUGAUCCUGGAAAGUCUUUUUUGAUGUCUGAGGAUGUAUCAAAAAAGACACCAUCAUUAGUGUGUUAUCUUAUCGAUAAUUGGCCAGUUUUAUUUCACGAAGAAUACAAUCAAAUCAUGGACGAAAGGCAGGAUUCUGGAGCCGAAGAAUCUGAUAGUUUUCACGGUGGAGGAGGUGGUUUCAGAAGAGAUGAUUCUUCAGUCGACAGUUUAGAAACAGAUUGUUUAGAAACGAGUGCGAAAAUUUCGCUUACAAAUAUAAGCCGUGAUUCUGGUCUAACUUUAAGUGACACACAAUUAUACAACGAAAACGAAGAAUGCACAAAAAGCGUUCCCCAUUUAUCUUCAAUCAGUGAAACGUGCUGUCAAGUUGUAAGAAGACGUAAGUUAGUUCGAACUGAUAAAAUACCAACCAAAUGGUGCCACAGUAUGCAAAAUCCUCAUCUGGCAUCGGAAGAUUCCUUAUUUCAAAAGCUGCCGGCCCUUCACCGUAAGGGGAGAGCUCCAUCUCCACCCAUAAAACCACUCAAAUCUUCAUCUCCUCAUCCCAGAAUAUUGUUAUACGGUCACAGAGCGGAUCGUCACGCGGUAUGGUUCACAGCUCAUUGCAGAUCACCAGGAUGGAAACGAAGUCAAUCUACCUCCCACAUCGAUCUCAUCGAUUCGGAUGGCGAUAACACGCCUAAUAUAUCCAGAAGCAGUUCACUAGUGCGCGAUUCCUCACCCAUGAAAGCCAACGCCGAUAUGAAGAAGCAAGAACAAUUAUCAUUAAGCGCCAAAGCUAAACAAUUAUACGAAGAAUCGGUACGACUCUAUAACGAGCAAUUAGCCGAUACCCAUAAGGCAGUAUUGGUUAAAGUAGAUAGCGAGGACAAUUUAGAUUCGUCUCCAAAAUUACACAGAUGCUUACAGAGGGCCGUCAGUGAGAGCACGUCGGUUCGGCUUCGACAUUUGCCACCGGUUCACGUGAGUGACGCUCAAUUGGCUCAACCAUUCAGAAGUCGUUCGGAAACGUGCCCUAACGAAAUCAGUUGGAGUAUUGCUCAAUUAAGGGCAAUGUUUGCGCACCCGCCACCUUAUCGUUUCCCUCCACCUCCUGUCGUUAGAACUCUUUCUUUGGACAGUAAAAAUAGCGAGGAGGAGUCGUUCGUUUAAGUUAUUUUUCCAACCGGUAACAAUUGUACAUUAAUACUAACACAUCCUGUACAGUUUUUUGUAAGUAUUCAAUUAAACUAAAUUUAAAAGUAAAAAUUUCCUUCAAAAACUUUUGCUCCAAACCCCAACAUCCUAGCCACACUUCUCAGACUAUCUAACUCUUGCAGCCUGCAGUAUACGUUGGAGCAAUAAUAGAAUGCCCUUCUAACUAGAGCUCUAAACGCUGAAAGCUUAUAAGUAUGUGGAUCAUUGGAGGUUGAAGGAAUGUAUAACGGGACG